AUUUUUUUUUAGGAUCUGAUUUUUUUUAAUAAGAUUUUUCUUUAAAAAAAUUCUGAUUCUUUUAGAAUUUCUAAAACUAUUUAAAUACUGAUAAAUAUUUAAUUUCUCAUUAAAAUUCAUUUUGUUCGAUAUGAUAACGAUAAAUUUAGAAUUGUGGCAAAAUCCCAAUUUUCCGCCUCUUGAAAUUCUCGAAAGUCGAACGAAAACUGUAUUAGAAAAUUUUAACAGAUGUAGAAAAUUGAAUAUUAAACUUCAUAUAAAAAAUGAUAAAAUUGAGGAACUUUAUCCUUUGUUUAAUUCUUUAACCGAAAGAAGAGCUGUGGAAUCUUAUAGACUUUCAAUGUAUGCUGAGGAUGUUGUUAUAUAUAUGAAAUUACUUUCUGAGGAAAAUACAAGUAUCGGAGUAGUUCUUGAAACUUUAUCAUCUUUAUUGGAUACAGCACAAGAAAGGCACGAAAUUACAAAGAUGUUGAAAGAAGAAUAUCAAGAAUUUUUUGACAAAUUUAAUGGCGAGUUUUCUAACAUAAAAGUAAAUUUGACAUCAGAUAAUAGACAAAUUGCCACCAGAAACGAGGCAUUUUCUGUGUCAUCUGUGUCAUCUUCCUAUUCGUUUUUUGAUAAUCUGAUUAAGUUUGUAAACUAUACCAUCCCAAUUUUAUCUGUCUGGAUUUCUUAUAGACUUAUUCGCCCAAUUAUUCGUGAAAACGGGUUGAAUCUUAUGAUUUAUCUACUUUACAAAGGAAAGGAAUACGUUUUACCAAAGUAUCAGGAUAGUCAAGAGAAAUUACAAGGUGAGGAUAGAGAUUUAGGAAAUAAUAACAAUAAUUACAUUGAAGGUAAUGGAAGAAAUGAUGAAUCUUAUCCUACAAAAAAGUCGUCUAGCAUACUAAAUUUUAUACUGAGCCCCAUAAAAAAUCUAUAUAAUAAAUGGAAUGAUAUUAAUCGGAAAGAAAACUAUCAGGAAGUCGGAAGAAUCAAAAAGGAUAUUAAUUUUGACGUGGACUGUGAUACUAAAGAACGGGAUUCAAUAGAAAUAGAUCAUCAUGAUUCAGCAGAUGUAAAUAAACGUGAUCCAACAGCUGAACUUGAUUUAUCUACAAAAACAGAUGUAAAUGAACUUUGUCCAACAGCUGGAUUUGAUUCAGCAAAAACAACAGACUUAGGUAACAUUAACCCGGCAACAAAUACAGUUGUGGGUUCAGAUUCUAUAAAAUCAUUGAAAGUUGGCGAAAUAAGCUCGGCGUCAUCUGAUCACAGAAAUAUGCUCAUUAAUUUAUGUCCAUCCAUAGACAUCAUAGUUGCCGGUUUUUUCAGUGUUUGUAUAGGUUAUUUUAUUUACAUAAUUUUGCGUAGAACAAAGUCAACUCAACGUCGAUGGUUGAUAAGUUAUUUUAUGAACAAAAAGCCUAAAUUUCGACAGGUGUCAGUGUCAGAUGAACAGCAACAAAAUUAUGAAAAGGACGACAAAAUCUUGGAAAUUAAAGAAAAACUUCCAGUGGUCAUUCAAAAUGUUGGGAUUUUAGAUCAAUUUUGGUUUAAUCAAGUUACCAACAUCAAAUCUCACAUUGAAACUUUAAGUUCAGUGGAUGAAAACGAGAAAAUUAGAUUUCCAAAACAAAUUGCCGAUCCAAUUAAAGAAGAAUGGAAUAACCAGCAUAAAGAAACCAAAGCAAAUCAUGCUCGGAUGAAAGAUCUCGUGACCCGUAAUUCUCUUCUUUCCAUUGAUUGAGAUAUAUAGGUGAUACCCAUCUCAGGAUAUUACCAAGUAGGUUCUGUUUAUUUUUUCGAAAAGAUAAUAAAUGUUGGGAAUUUAUGUUGCAAUCUUUGUCUUUAUGAGCGAGAUAGUAUCUGAACUUUAACGUAAUUAUAUUUGUAUUAAAUGUACGUAUUAUACUAUUA